ACUACCCUGGAGUCACGGCGAGUGCAUUUAUUCUCCCCAACACCGCGCGUACGUGUGCCACAGUGUCACCAUCACUCUAGUGGUGGCUGUGCUCGCUCCUUCUAAUUUUGGCGUUAAUUUCCCCAACUGAUGCACAAUCGCGCAGCGUGUGAUUCCACUGCUUCGACAGUUACACUCCUUACUCGGUCAAGCCCCGGCAAAUCGUAACGGUCACAUUUCCGUUCCCAUUUUCAACCUUCCAACACGCACUCCCCUCUCGUUUAUUCUCUGCAUCCUCGCUUCCGAUUUCGAUUCUCGAGUUUCGAAUUGAUUAUUGUUGAUUACUAUGAAAGAGUAAUAUUGCAAUUGGAAUUUGAGAAUAAUAAUAAUAUUAGCAAUGGUAGCUGAAAUUUCAAUGGCGAUAAACCCCAAGCGAGCUCAGACGCCAACUCCCAGGAGGACUCCUCUGUUACCUUCUGAAUCGGACAAUGCGCUUGGGCCUCCACGCAGGCCCAAAGCACGAGAGGUUACUUCUCGUUACAUGUCUUCUUCUUCGUCUUCGUCUUCCUCCGUUUCGUCUCCUCCGAGAAGAUGCCACUCGCCGUUGGUAACCAGGACGCUGAAUUCCACGAGAACGAAGCAGACGCCGACGCCGACGCCGACGCCUUCGGCCAAGCGAGCUCAGUCGGCGGAGCGCCGCCGACAAGGCACUCCACGGCCGACCGGAGCGGAUGCUCCGGCUGCUCAGAAGGUUCUCUUCACUUCCACCAGGAGCUUGUCCGUUUCCUUCCAGGGCGAGUCGUUCCCGAUCCAGGUCAGAGCCACGAAACCGCCGCCGUCGCAGAGCUUCCGGAAGAGCACGCCGGAGAGGAGGAAGGUCGCGACGACGCCGACGCCGACGCCGACGCCGGCGAGAGUCUCGGGAAACGGUAAUUCGUUUCACGCCGAGAAUGUGAGGUCGCUGGAUCGGCACCGGUGGCCGGGGAAAUUGCAGCAACAAGCGAAUUGCGUGAACCGAAGCUUGGAGUGCGCUGAUUCCACCGUUACGAAGCAAACGGACGCGCCGGCGAGCGUUGAUAGGUCGUUGCAGAAUCCGAUGGCGUGUGUUCGCGGUUCUCACGACGCGACGCUGAGAUCAGAGAGCUGCAAAAUUAACGGAUCUGAGUUUUACGAGCCCGAGCCUGUUCCUUCGGAUAACGAAAGCGUGACUUCUGGAAGUUCCUCUGGAGAAGGACAUGUGCUACGCGGUUCUCGAGGAAUCGUGGUGCCGGCAAGGUUCUGGCAGGAGCAUAAUAAUCGGUUACGACGCCAAUCGGAUACUCCGUCUUCUAGAAUUGGAAAUAAAGCAGCGGUUUCUACUCCUAGUCCUAGUCCAAGGCUUCUGGUGCCGAAGAAGUUACCGUUGGAUUGUCCUGUUUCGUCUCCGCGAGGAGUUGUGAAUGGCCGUAUUCAAGGUUCUCCGAUUCGCUCCGCAGUGCGUCCUGCUUCUCCGAGUAAGCUAGCGACGUCGGCUUCGGUGUGGUCUCCUUCGAGAGGAUUGAGUCCCUCACGAGCGCAAUACGGCGUGAGUAGUAGGUUCAGUAGUGAACCUUCUGUUUUGAGUUUUGCUGUUGAUGUUCCGAGGGGGAAGGUAGGGGAGAAUCGGAUUGUCCAUGCGCAUUUGUUGAGACUCUUCCAUAACAGGCUCCUUCAGUGGCGUUUUGUUAACGCUAGAGCCAAUGCCGCCCUCUCUGCGCAGAAAUUGAACGCGGAGAAAAGCCUCUAUGAUGCAUGGGUAGCUACAUCAAAACUACGAGAAUCUGUUAGAGCCAAAAGAACAGAGGUUCAGUUGCUGAAACAACAGUUUAAGCUAAUAUCCAUCUUGAAGGGCCAAAUGGUGUAUUUGGAAGAUUGGGCUACUUUGGAUCGGGUGUACUCCAGUUCACUUUCAGGAGCUAUUGAAGCCCUGAGGGCUAGCACUCUUCGUCUUCCUGUUGUUGGUGGGGCCAAGACAGAUUUGCUAAAUUUGAAGGAUGCAAUUUGUUCAGCGAUGGAUGUGAUGCAGGCAAUGGCAUCCUCCAUAUGCUUAUUGUCGCCAAAGGUUGGACAAUUAAAUUCUCUGGUUGUUGAAAAUGCCAACUUAAGUGCGAAGGAGCGCGUCUUGCUUGAAGAGUGCAGAGACCUUUUGUCAGUGAUUACAACCUUUCAGGUUAGAGAGUAUAGCCUGAGAGCGCAUAUUGCUCAACUGAAAUGCUUACCCAGAAGUACAACAGUGAAAAUAAUAAGCAAAUAAUUGUCUGACCUGCCUACUUUCAGUGCUACUAACAUCAUAACAAAAUAGUGGUUAUUUUCGCCCUGAAUUCAAUACACGAAACCGUCAUUAAUGAUUGAGAAAAACUAGUUAGUAUGAAAAACAAAACAAACUACAAAUAGCACGAAUAUUACGUGGAGAAAUUUUGUUGGGUAUUGGUUUUUACUUUCACCAACUAGCGUGUUUGGUCUUAUUGUACAAAGAAAUUCGUAACAAGUAGUUGCACUCUUAUUAAUUACAUCUUAAGAGUGAGGAUUGGAAUUUGUCGUUCGGGAGUUAGUUUGUAUACAAAUUUUUCUAAGAAAAAAUCCUUGCCCAUUUGUCUUUUUAUCUUGUGUCAAGGGAUGUAUAUAAACUGUGUAGCAUUUCAUAUUUUAGUUGAUUUUCUUUUGUUGUAUUGGUAUGUUUGUAAUAGCUUAUGGAAAAAAGAUGUAGUCAAAACGUGGAUACGAUUUGUUGUAUUCCCCUCCCCCUUUAAAAUGAUUGAAAUUA